CUUGUUCAUCUUCUUUCGCCCAAAUCUUUGGGCGGAGAGAGAGAUCAUGGCGCAGGCAACAAUGGCGAAGGUAUUGGUGGUGAACCCUACGCUGUCGUUGUAUCAUUCAGGCGGAUCUCGCAAGCCGUUGCCCGUUCCUUCUUCCAUUUGUGCCAGAGCAAUAGCCAUGCACGAGCCUCUCCCUUGUUUGAGGGCGGUGAAUAGCAGUACUAAGUGGACUCCUCUUCGAGUAUCGGCCUCCGUCGCAGUGGCCGCUGAAAAACCGUCGGCAGCAUCGGAGAUCGUGCUUCAACCGAUUAAGGAUAUUUCUGGAACUGUUAAACUCCCUGGAUCGAAGUCUUUGUCGAAUCGAAUUCUUCUUCUUGCUGCCCUCUCCGAGGGAACAACUGUGGUGGACAACUUGUUGAACAGUGAUGACGUUCGUUAUAUGCUUGCUGCACUGAAAACCCUUGGCGUUUCUGUGGAGGAUGAUACUGAAACUAAGCGAUCAAUUGUUGUUGGGUGCGGCGGGCAGUUCCCGGUGAGCGAAGCUUCUAACGAGGAAGUCCAACUCUUCCUGGGAAAUGCUGGCACAGCAAUGCGGCCAUUAACUGCAGCUGUGGCAGCUGUUGGUGGAAAUGCAAGUUAUGUACUUGAUGGGGUUCCUAGAAUGAGGGAAAGACCGAUAGGAGACUUGGUUGAUGGCUUGAAGCAGCUUGGUGCAGAUGCUGAUUGUUUCAUGGGCACCAAUUGUCCUCCUGUCCGUGUGAACGCAAAGGGAGGCCUUCCUGGGGGCAAGGUGAAACUCUCCGGAUCCAUUAGCAGUCAGUAUUUGUCUGCUUUGCUCAUGGCAGCUCCCUUAGCACGAGGAGAUGUUGAGAUCGAGAUCAUUGAUAAGCUCAUUUCCAUUCCGUAUGUAGAAAUGACUUUGAAAUUGAUGGAACGCUUUGGAGUGAAGGUGGUGCAUUCUGAUAAUUGGGAGAGAUUCUUCAUCAAGGGUGCUCAGAAGUACAAGUCUCCUGGAAACGCAUAUGUAGAAGGUGAUGCAUCAAGUGCUAGUUAUUUCUUAGCAGGUGCCGCGGUCACAGGUGGCACCGUCACUGUAGAAGGUUGUGGAACAUCCAGUUUACAGGGCGAUGUUAAGUUUGCCGAAGUUCUUGAAAAAAUGGGAGCAAAAGUUUCAUGGACAGAUAAUAGUGUAACCGUUACUGGUCCACCACGGGAUUCUUCGAAGAAGAAACAUUUGCAUGGCAUUGAUGUCGACAUGAACAAGAUGCCUGAUGUAGCAAUGACCCUUGCUGUUGUUGCCCUAUUUGCGGAUGGACCUACAUCCAUAAGAGAUGUGGCUUCAUGGAGAGUAAAGGAAACUGAGAGGAUGAUAGCCAUCUGUACAGAACUUCGAAAGCUGGGAGCAACAGUGAAAGAAGGUCCUGAUUACUGCAUCAUUACUCCCCCAGAAAAGUUGAAUGUCACUUCUGUCGAUACUUACGACGACCACAGGAUGGCGAUGGCGUUCUCUAUAGCAGCCUGCGGUGAUGUUCCUGUAACUAUCAAUGACCCAGGUUGCACGCGCAAGACCUUCCCUGACUUUUUCGAUGUCCUGCAAAGAUUUACAAAGCACUAAGCUGAACCUCCUGGACAGAGGUGAGGAUUUUCAGUAUCUGCCGAUGAACCAAUAGUUCUGGCUAAGAAUAAUUGAAUGAACAUAUGUUCGAAUGAUUGUUCGUAGAAAAUGCGUUGGUAUUUCUGCUCA